CAACCGCUCCGCUGUGAAUGAGGCACCGCAGCGGGGAUCCAGGCGACACUCCGUGUAUUAUGAUUUCCCAGUCAACAGCAAACACGUGCUAUGCAUUUGUGGUUUUAUUUAAUCUGGGAUUACUAGCAAAGUAAACGCAUGUUACACCUAGUUCCGUUCCCGAAAUGUUUACAGUGAGCUUGUGACAUUAACGUUUACAAGCGAAAGCUGAUUCUGGACAUGUUGGCGACUGCUACAAUGCUAGCCAUUUGUUAGCUAGCUUAAUCCAGACUGAUUCAAGGCUCCACAGCAUCUGUGCUUUACAGUAAACAGUCAUCGCCACCACAACAAUGGAGUACGCUGUAAUGAAGAAGCAACACUACUGGGAUGUAGAGGAAACGGAGAUCUUUUUGCAAAUCCUAAAAGAGUUGGACAUUAAAGCGUGCUUGGACGGUAGGAAAGUGAGGAACGGUGGAGUGUUUAGGAUGGCCCAGAGGAGAAUGGCAGCAGCUGGCUUUGACAGGACGGCGGAGCAGUUGAGGGUUCGCUGGAAAUUUCUGAAAAAAUGCUAUUACAAGUCUCAGCAGGAUCCCAGCAAUGAAGCCAAAAUCCAGGGUUGGUUGCGCUAUGAAAAGGCAAUGGUCUCUAUUUUGGAGUCCAAACAAUCUAUGGUCAACUCCAGUGUGAACUGCGAAGGCAAUGAUGAUAUGGUUGAGGACUCUGAUGGAGAUCACGAUGGAGACUCCUCAAUGCUGCCCAUGCCAGACGCCUUUACGCAGCCCCUUCAGGACAGUUCAACACUGAACCUGGAAUUAAUUAUUAAAAUGGACCCUGAAGCAGACUCUCAUCUAAGGAUUGGUUUCAUUGGGGCAGGAAACAUGGCUUUUGGCAUUGCAAAGGGUAUCAUAUCAGGAAAUGUUUUGCCAGCCAACAUUAAAGUCAGUGCACCAUCCAAGAGAAACUUUGGACGCUUUCAGGAAAUUGGAAUUACUGGCACAAAUUCUAAUGUGGAGCUGGUGUGUGGUUCUGAUAUUGUUUUCGUGGCAGUUAAACCUCACUUGGUUCGUGACGUUCUUAAUGGAAUCUCUGCA